AUGUCGGACCCUCAGAACUAUACUGUUGGCUGGAUCUGCGCCAUCACCACCGACUUUCCCAACAUCCGGCUCGGAUUGAUGGUCGGCAUCGGAGGCGGCGCGCCGAGUCAGAAGCACGACAUCCGCCUCGGCGACAUCGUGGUGAGCAGUCCCCGUGACGGCAAAGGCGGAGUUUUCCAGUACGACUUUGGCAAGACGAUACAGAAUCAGACGUUUCUGGAAACGGGGUUCCUGAACCAAUCUCCGAAAGUACUGCGAGCGGCCGUAGGUGGACUCAAAGCUAUGUACGAGGCGGAUGGCCACCAGCUUGACGACGAUGUUAAGAGGGUUAUCGGGAAGAAGCCUCGACUCCGAAAGAAGUACUCGCGGCCACAUCCGAGCAGCGACAGGCUGUACAAAUCAGACAUCGUGCAUGCGCCGGACACGGAGGAAGGCUGCAUCAAACUAUGCGGAGACGAUUCAUCCCACCUCGUACCGCGCCGCGAACGGGACGAAGACGAAGACAACCCGGCAGUUCACUAUGGACUAAUCGCCUCUGCCAAUCAGCUCAUGAAGGACGCACUGGUCCGGGACAGACUGGCGGCCGAAAAAGACGUGUUGUGUUUUGAGAUGGAGGCGGCCGGCCUGAUGAACCAUUUCCCGUGUCUGGUCAUCCGGGGCAUAUGCGACUAUUCCGACUCGCACAAGAACAAAGAGUGGCAGGGUUUUGCGGCUAUGGUGGCUGCAGCGUACGCAAAAGACCUUCUUCGCCAGAUCCCGCCCAACAAAAUCGAGGCUGAGAGGAGGGUUGCAGAAGUCCUGGGAUCAAGUUAG